CCUAAUCUUACAUUUUCACCACCACCUUUCUAUAGAGAGCGAGCCGCUAGCUAGCUGCUCUGCAGGCGCUGUUCUUCUUGAGAAUCCACUCUAAGAAGGAUUUGCGGUAUCAUCUGCAGAUAUAUAUACAUAUAUACACUCGAAAACCAUAAAUAAAAUGGCUCGCUCUCUCCCAAACGCUAAGCUUCUUGUAGCUUCUCUUGCUGAUGGUCUUUCCCUCUCUGUUUUACGGAGAGGUUACGCGGCUGCUGCACCAAUCAGUGCUGCUGUAACAGCGAGCUUUGGUAGGGGAGGGUCAAGGACUCGUGCUACGAGAGGGAAAAUGGAAGAUGGGGCGGUGACCAAAGAAGGUUCCGAGGCCUACUCAGCAUGGGCUCCUGAUCCAGUUACUGGGUAUUACAGGCCUGCUAAUUAUGUGCCGGAGAUUGAUCCAGCUGAACUCAGGGAAAUGGUGUUGAGCCGUAGGGUUAGGCCACAGUAGAGGUUGCAGGAUAUGGUUCUGUUACUAGAUGGUGGUGGCUAUGGGUUUGGUCGCCUCACGCUUUUAGUUAUUUGAUCACAGACAUCAAUAAUGAAUGCUAGUGUGGCUUUGUUUGAU